CCGUAAUAAAUACAUUUUAGCCAAGUCAAGCACUGACUAUGAUAUGACUGAUAUGUAGUUUCACUUAAAGUAAAUAGUUUUAACCCAAACAUUUGUUAGUAUCUUUUACACCACUGGAUGACGCUCCAAUCUUCCAAAUUCCAACAGACAGUAGGAGCACUCCCCACCAGGCGAUUAAUUGUAGUGACGUCAGCUCAAGUGAAAGAAGGAAGCAAAGCGCUCAGUGGGGAGCUGUCAGUAAAAGUAGUUGUAGCGACAGCAAGGGAAAGCCCAUAGAUAGUACAGUGUGUCCAGUUACAGUCUGACCGCCUCUCCUGCUCAGUGGCAAAAUACAGUACGCGUGGAAAUACAUUGGAUUGAAUAGGCAUAUACAUUGGAUAGAGAGGAAUAACGUUGCUUUUUGACUAUGGCUGAUGUCACGCAAUUCAACGAGGGGACCGGGGACGUCGCGAAAGGGUUCGCUCGUAAAGGAGCUUUGAGGCAGAAGAACGUCCAUGAAGUGAAGGACCACAAAUUCACUGCAAGGUUCUUCAAGCAGCCGACUUUUUGUAGUCACUGCACCGACUUUAUCUGGGGAUUUGGAAAGCAAGGAUUCCAGUGCCAAGUUUGCUGUUUCGUGGUCCACAAGAGGUGCCAUGAGUUUGUCACGUUCUCUUGCCCCGGUGCGGAUAAGGGUCCCGACACAGACGACCCCAGAACCAAGCACAAGUUUAAGAUCCACACCUAUGGCAGCCCCACUUUCUGCGACCACUGCGGCUCUCUCCUGUAUGGUCUCAUCCACCAGGGGAUGAAGUGUGACACCUGCGACAUGAACGUGCACAAUCAGUGUGUGAUGAACGUGCCCAGCAUGUGCGGGACGGACCACACCGAGAGGAGGGGACGCCUCUACCUGAAGUGUGACAUCACAGGGGACAAGCUGCAGGUCACAGGUAGGCCUCCGGACCGGACCAUCUCUCAGACAAAUCUAUUUCUCAUCCUGUGUCCCAAAUGCACCCGAUUCCCUUUAUAGUGCCCUAAUGGUGAC